AUGACACGGAAAGACGAAAUAUUCAACGCGAUAUGCGAAACUGCAAAGCAACGGAUCAUGGUUAUAGAUGGAGCGAUGGGAACGAUGAUCCAACGUGAAAAACUAGUUGAAGAAGAUUUUAGGGGGAAUAUACUUCAGGAUCACCCAAAACCGCUGAAAGGUAACAAUGAUUUACUGUCAAUGACAAGACCUGACAUCAUUUACAAAGUCCACAAAAAGUACUUGGAUGCUGGUUGUGACUUUAUCGAAACUAACACGUUCAGUUCGACGACUAUUGCACAAGCGGAUUACGGGUGCGAACAUUUGGUUGAAGAGCUUAAUCGUCAAUCAGCAAAGCUAGCUCGAAGAGCAGCAGAUGAAGUUACCAAUGAAACUGGUAUUAGAAGAUUUGUAUGUGGUUCCAUAGGGCCUACUAAUAAAACACUGUCGAUUUCUCCUUCAGUCGAGAGACCUGACUACCGUAAUAUAACAUUUCAAGAGUUAGUAACAGCUUAUAAGGUGCAGGCAAAAAAUCUUAUUGAUGGAGGAGUGGAUGUUCUUCUUGUUGAAACAGUUUUUGACACAGCAAACGCAAAGGCCGCACUUUUUGCUAUACGUUUACUUUUUGAAGAGGAAGGUCUACCCGAAAUUCCUGUCUUUUUGUCUGGAACGAUUGUUGAUUUGUCUGGAAGGACUUUAUCUGGUCAAACUGAAGAAGCCUUUUUAAUCAGUACAUCGCAGGGCCAGGCUUUAGCCAAAGGUCUUAACUGCGCGUUAGGAGCUAAGGAAAUGCGUCCUUUUAUCGAAACGGUCUCAAAAAAUACGACGUCAUUAGUCAUUUGCUAUCCAAAUGCUGAAUACGAAGAGACUCCAGAAAAUAUGGCAAGGAAUAUCUUAUCGUUUGCGGAAGACGGCUUUGUAAAUAUAGUGGGUGGAUGCUGUGGUACUACGCCCGAACACAUUAGGGCGAUAGCUGAUAUUGUAAAGGGAGUAAGACCUCGAAUUCCACCCGAGUCUGUACACAGCGGUUUAAUGGCACUAUCGGGGCUUGAACCCAUGUUCAUUGGGCCGCACACAAAUUUUGUAAAUAUCGGCGAGAGGUGUAAUGUUGCCGGAUCUCGACGAUUUUGCAACUUGAUAAAGAAAGAUGACUAUGAGGCAGGAAUUAAGAUAGCCCGCGAGCAAGUGGAUAAUGGAGCACAGAUUCUUGACGUUAACUUUGACGAUGGGCUUUUGGACGGUCCUCAUGUUAUGGGAAAGUUCUUACGUUUCUUGUCAUCAGAACCAGAUGUUGCUAGGGUCCCACUAUGCAUUGACUCUUCAAAUUUCGCUGUAAUUGUAGCAGCAUUGGAAUCCUGUCAGGGUAAAUGUAUCGUUAAUUCUGUUUCGCUCAAAGAAGGGGAAGAAGUUUUCCUGAACCAUGCAAAAACAGUUAAACGUUAUGGAGCAGCACUCAUUGUCAUGGCUUUUGAUGAAGAGGGCCAGGCAACCGAUGUAGAAAAAAAGUUUCAAAUUUGUAAAAGAUCCUAUAAGUUACUAGUUGAAAAAGCUGGCUUUGCUACUAGUGAUAUAAUAUUUGAUCCAAAUAUUCUGACCAUUGCCACCGGCAUGAGUGAACAUGCAACGUAUGCAAUUAAUUAUAUGGACGCUGUAAAACUCAUUAAGGAGCAUCUUCCUGGUUGUUUCGUUUCUGGUGGUAUCUCAAACUUGUCUUUUUCGUUCCGUGGAAUGGAUCAGAUCAGAGAGGCUAUGCAUAGCGUGUUUUUAUUCCACGCUAUCAAAGCGGGGUUGGAUAUGGGUAUUGUUAACGCGGGUGCUCUGCCAGUUUAUUCUGAUAUCCAGCCAGAUCUUCUUCAACUUUGUGAGGACCUGAUAUGGAACAAAGAUCCUGAAGCGACUGAAAAGAUGCUAGCUCUUGCACAUAACCUGAGACUUAAAGGCAAGAAAACAAUUGCUGAAACGUCUUCAUGGAGAAGCUUAGAUGUUGAAAAGCGAAUUGAAUAUGCGCUAGUUAAGGGUAUUGAUGAAUACAUAGUCGACGAUGUAGAGGAGGCAAGAACGAAUACCACAAAAUAUCCGAGGCCUCUGAAUGUUAUAGAACAACCGUUGAUGUCAGGAAUGGCUGUGGUGGGAGACUUGUUCGGCUCGGGAAAGAUGUUCUUGCCUCAGGUAAUUAAAUCGGCCAGAGUUAUGAAAAAAGCUGUCGCUCAUCUUAUUCCUUUUAUGGAGGCAGAUAAGAAGAAAAAUAUUUCAGAAGGUUCAUCGCAGCUUGAGGACAUCUACCAAGGUACAAUGGUGUUGGCAACAGUCAAAGGUGAUGUUCAUGACAUUGGAAAAAAUAUAGUAGCUGUUGUCCUCCGCUGUAAUAAUUUUAGGGUGAUUGACCUCGGGAUUAUGACUCCAUGUGAAAAGAUUAUCAAGACCGCUAUUGAGGAAAAAGCUGACUUUAUUGGUUGUUCUGGUUUAAUAACGCCUUCACUUGAUGAAAUGAUACAUGUUGCCCGAGAAAUGGAAAAAACAAAACUAGGAAUUCCACUACUUGUUGGUGGUGCUACAACUUCAAAAAUGCACACUGCAGUUAAACUCGCUCCUUGCUAUGGUCAGCCUGUUAUUCAUUGUUUAGAUGCUUCAAAAACGGUCUUGGUCUGUUCUUCAUUAUGUGACAAAAAGAUUCGGGAAGAGUUUAUUGAAAGCAUAAAGGAAGAGUACGAAGAAGUACGGAAUGAGUAUUAUGAAUCAUUACGAGAACGCAGAUUUAUCACGCUUGAGACAGCUCGCAAACGGAAGUUGAUGAUAGACUAUAGUAAUUACUUACUCCAGUAUAAAAUGAUAUUUUCAGCAAAACCGAGUUACACUGGCACAAAGGCUUACCAAAAUAUUGACCUUGAAAAAAUUAUUCCUUUUAUUGACUGGAAACCGUUUUUUGAUGUCUGGCAAAUACGUGGAAAGUAUCCAAAUCGCAAUUACCCCCGUAUAUUUGAAGAUUCAAGUAUUGGAGCGGAAGCAUUAAAACUUUUUAACGAAGCGCAAGAAAUGCUAGGAACAAUAGUUCGUGGCCAAACUAUAAAAGCUUCUGCUGUAGUGGGAUUUUUCCCGUGCUCAGCUUUCGGGGACGAUAUAUUUAUAUUUGACCCGAAAUCCAAAUUGCAUUGUGCAACGUUACAUGGCUUGCGUCAGCAAAGUGAUAGGACAGAGAGCCAGCCAUGUCUUUGUAUAUCUGAUUUUGUUGCACCUGGAGAUGGCACCUGUCCAACGGACUAUAUCGGAGCGGUGGCUUGUACUGCAGGUAUAGGAGUGAAAGAACUUUGCGAGAAAUACGAAAAAGAAUAUGAUGACUACAAAAGCAUAAUGAUAAAAGCGCUGGCAGACCGACUUUCUGAAGCUUUAUCGGAGUACUUGCAUAUGAAAGUCCGAAGGGAGUUUUGGGGUUACUCAAGCGAGGAAAAAAUAUCACCUGCAGAUAUGAUCAGCUUAAAUUAUUGCGGAAUCCGACCUGCGCCUGGAUAUCCUACUCAGCCCGACCAUACUGAAAAGCUAAUUGUGUGGGACUUGUUGAAAGCUGAAGAAUUGGCUGGGAUUAGAUUAACUGAAGGUCUUGCCAUGGAUCCUGCAUCGUCCGUUUCUGCUCUCUACUUCUCACAUCCAGACUCUCAGUAUUUUGCUGUUGGGAAAAUUGAUAGGGACCAGGUUAAUGAUUAUGCGCUAAGGAAGAAAUUAAGUGUUCAGGAAAUAGAAAAAUGGCUAGCACCGAUAUUAGGAUAUUAA